AUGUUCACAAAGCUGGUGCCGUCUGUUAUCAGAGGAGGUAUGUCUGUUCAUGUCCCCGACGCUGCAAUGCGUGGGCUGCUUCAGUUAGGACACGGGGAAUAUGGAGUGGAAUGCUUUCGCACCUCCGCCCUCGUCCUCGCCCUCGCCCUAGCCCUAGCCCUCCCCUCCAGCAGCACCGCCGCCAGUGCGGGGCAUCGAACCGAGUUCCUCUUCCCAUUAUCUGACCAACCCUCCCACCCAAAACGUUAA